UACACGAUACACCUGUGUGGAUUCAGAGCCGCCUAGUGCAUGUAAAAUUCCACGCGCCCACUGCUGCCUCAGGUGGAGCUGUCUCAUAAGGAUAUGUACGAGUGCACUGUAUCACAGUGACAUCCCCAUGCAUCAGGUGCUAGCCACUUCAUCACCAUCACCGCAGCUAUAUAUCCCACGGCACCACCGCCUUUAUAAAGACAGGCUCGACCUGCACUUGGCGUUCUUCUUCGACUCGAUCAGUUCUUCUGGAGUGAAACCUGAUCAGCUCGGGCUAUAGGCUUGGGCAUGGCUGGAGGAGGUGAGACGAUGGGGCUGGGAGGGCUGUGGAGGAGGUACGCGCCGCACAACAUGAUGAUCAUGGUGCAGCUCUGCUACACCCUCAUGUACUUCGUCACCGAGGCCGCCUUCAACCGCGGCCUCAACCCCUACGUCUACGUCACCUACCGCCACCUCCUCGUCGCCCUCCUCCUCUGGCCCUUCGCCUACUACCACGAGAAGAAGCUGAGGCCCAAGAUGACCUGGAUGCUGUUCCUGGAGAUCUUCGUGCUCUCGCUUCUGGGGGUGAGCUUGACCCUGAACAUGUACUUCGCGAGCCUCAAGUACACGUCCCCGACCUUCGUCACCUCCAUGGUCAACACCGUCGCCUCCAUCACCUUCGUCAUCGCCAUCGCGCUCCGGAUGGAGAUCGUGGACCUGCGCAGCGCGCGGGGGCUCGCCAAGGUGGCCGGCACCGCGGUGUCCUUCGCGGGGGUCACCACCAUGACGCUCUACAAGGGCGCGGCCAUCGCGAGCCCCUGGAGGGCGCCCGUGCGCAUCCCCGGCGCCGGCGGCGACGCCCCGCACGACGCCUGGCUCAAGGGGUCCCUCCUUGCCGUCGCCAGCUGCGUGUGCUGGUCCGUCUGGUACAUCAUGCAGGCCACGUCCGUGAAGCGCUACCCGGCGGAGCUGUCGCUGACGGCGUGGAUGGCCACCGUGGGCGGCGCCCAGUCGGCGGCCUUCGCGGUGCUGCUGCAGCACGAGAGGCGGGACUGGCUCGUCGGCUUCGGCCUCAACUUCUGGUGCAUCAUCUACUCCGGGCUCGCGUGCAGCGGGUUCACGGUGUUCGCGCAGCUGUGGUGCACGGAGAAGAAGGGGCCCGUGUUCGUCACCAUGUUCAACCCGGUGUCCACCAUCAUGGUGGCCAUCCUCGCCUACUUCAUCUUCGGCGAGAACCUAUACGUCGGAAGCAUAAUCGGGGGAGUGGUGGUCAUCCUGGGCCUCUACAUGCUGCUCUGGGGCAAGGACAAGGACCAGGAGUACAACAACGCAGGAGCAGCGGCGAGCGGCGAGGAGCAGGCCGGCGAGCCCGGUCUGGACUGCGAGAAGCAGCGACAGGAGGAACAAGAGGAGACCAAGACGAUGAAGUAGGAUAGGAGGAGGGGUCAGAAUUGCCUGCCAUCCGUGUGCAUGCCCAGCGCCGGUCCUGGAGUUUCGGAGGCCCCGGGGCGAACUCAAAUGAAUGGGCCCAAUGACAGCAUUGGAGGGAAAAAAAUAUUCCAUACUUUGAUAAAAAAUAUAUUGCAAAGCUAUAAUAAACAACGGUAAUUUUUCUUGGUAAAUAACACUCCAAGUCAUAAAUAACAAUUUCAUACUGUAGGUGUAAAUCAAACAUCAUAGAAGUCACAGAGCAUAACAAAAAAGAAAUGACAUACUAGCGAACCUCCAAGCCUCCAGUAAUCAUGAGAAACGGCUCCAUGCAUUUUUUGAUGCAAAAUCAUUAAAUGAAAAUGUCAAGAUAAAUGUAGUCUGUUUCAAACA